AUGUUGAACCUGAGGGGGCGCCAUAGAGAAGGGUCAGGUGAAAGCAGCACUGCAGGUUCCGACUGUUCUGCGGCAGAUUUCGCCCUGCUGCCUCAACGUUCCAGUCUUGACGUCAAGGUGCCCCUUAUUGAGGUUGGACGCUUGCCCCCGCUCAAAAACCAACGCAAAAAGCGGGCGCGACGGUUGCUGAAGGGACUGGGGGCCAUGGCUAGCCUGGGGGGCUGGCUACGUCAUGCGCUGAUCAGAGAGCCGGUGGUGGUAUGGUCGUGCGGGAUCUCACUAGUAGGACUCGCCCUUCCCCUUGUUGUACCACCAAUCCGGAAUGCCCUAGGAGCUGAAAAAGUGACCCCGCCAAGGCCAGCACAGGUGGCAAAUGCCAUGACUGGGAAGGGUUGACAGGCCCUCCCACGACCAAAACCAUUGCUAACGAUUGAGCAUGAUCAACAUGGCCAGUCUUGAGACGUGACAGGCUGGUCACAUAAUCAGAUGUUUCAAGCUGAAAGCACCGAGAGUUUUUGCUGGACAAGAGAGGCUUGUUAGGGGGGCUUUUGCAGUCAAUACAAGUAUCCGAGGGCUAAUAGUUUGGGAUCGAGUGAAGCAAUCUUCAUUCGCAGCUUUGGCUCGCUUGCCUCCAUUCAGGGCAGGUUGUCUGUGGCCAUACGAGUUAUUUUUCCUGGCAUGAUGUUGUUCCCGCUUGAACCUUCAAAAUCACUAGCUGGAUUUCAUGUAUCCAACAUUAGUUGCGACCAUAUAAUAUCGAUCCAUCCUGA